UAAUAAAAUAAAAGUCAAAAGUCAAAACAGUGAAAGUGUCUACUGAGUUUUGACCUUUUGACUGUAACGUCUAUAAUAAAUGGCAUCUCCAUUACUACUCGACAAAAAACAUCAAGCAAGACAGCAAUUUGAUGACAAAUGGCCGGGAAUGAAACCAACUGUAGUAAAAAUUUUAAAGCAAUUAGGAGUAAGCACAGUAGAAUGGCAAGAUUUAUUUUGGGAUGUACACAAGGUGACGCUAUGGGAUGAAAAAGGAGUUUUGAAGAUAUUUGAGGCACUCAAGUGUGUUGUGUCUGAAUACAUAAAAGCAGUAAAACAGAUCAUAAUGAAAGAAAAUGAUGACUCUGUAUUACUAAAAACAUAUGUUAUGGAAUGGACUAAAUUCUUUGCUCAAUGUCCGUAUAUUUCCAAGCCAUUCAAAUCCCUUGAAAGUCAUAGUGCUCAAAAUAAUAGUGGCAAGGCUGAUGCUGUCAAAGUUACUGAAUCAGUAUCAGUAAAGAAGCUUAUGUUGGAUACAUGGAAUGAAAUAAUAUUUUCAAAUAUCAAUCAUAAACUUCAAUCUAGCGCAAUGAAGCUUGUCUAUGAGGAACGUAUUGGGGAAUCAUUCGAUCCGCAACUAGUGAUAGGAGUGAGAGAGUCUUACGUAAAUCUCUGUUAUAAUGAAGCAGACAAAUUGAGGAUCUAUUGCGAUAACUUUGAGAAGGCUUAUCUUGAGGCAACAAGACACUUCUACAUAAGUAUUGCAUCACAAUAUUUGGAUGAUAAUGGAGUUGAAAAGUACAUGGAUUAUGCUCAUAGUAAGAUCAUAGAAGAGGAAGAAAGAGCUUUAAGAUACCUUGAAACAUCAAAAGAAUGCAAUUCCUGUCACUUGUUGAGUGAAGUUUGUGUUAAAAGUCUUGUAAGUGAUGUAAAAGUGUCAAUUUUGGAAGAUUGUCCAGGAUUUAUAGCUGCAAAUCAAACUGACAAGUUGUUAAAAAUGUUUCAUCUUGUGGAUCGUGUAGCAAAUGGUGUUGAGCCAAUGAUUACUCACUUGGAGGAUCAUGUCAUAGCUACAGGAUUGAUGGAAAUGAUGGAUGCAGCUGCAACCAUAACAACAGAUUCAGAAAAGUAUGUUGAGAGACUGUUGAUGUUGUAUAGACGCUACAGUGUCUUGGUGAAAGAAGCUUUUGAUGAUGAUCCUCGAUUCCUUACCGCUCGAGAUAAAUCUUUCAAGAAAGUCAUUAAUGAUACAACAAUAUUUAAUCUUGAUUUGUCGACAAACAAUAAAUCCUCGAGCAAGACAGCUCCUGAGUCUAAAUGCCCAGAGUUACUUGCUAAUUUUUGUGACAUGUUGUUAAGAAAAAGUGUAUUUAGUAAAAAACUGACGUCGGAUGAAAUUGAGGCUAAAUUGAAAGAAGUUCUUCUUGUGUUAAAGUAUGUUGAUAACAAAGAUGUAUUUAUGAGAUACCAUAAAGCUCAUCUAACAAGACGAUUGAUCCUGGAUUGUUCCACAGACAGUGAUCUUGAAGAAAAUAUGGUAGAAUGGUUAAGAGAUGUAGGCAUGCCUGCAGAUUAUAUAAAUAAAUUGGCAAGAAUGUUUCAAGAUAUUAAAGUUAGUGAAGAUUUAAACCAAGAAUUUAAAGAUAUUAAUAAAAUGCGUUCUACUAUGACAGACAAUAUUUCUAUAAAAAUCCUCAAUGCUGGAGCCUGGGCGCGAAGUUCAGAGAGGGUAGCGGUCUCUCUUCCUCCUACCCUGGAGGAUCUAAUUCCUGAAGUGGAAGAAUUUUAUCGUGGUAAGCAUAGUGGGAGAAAACUUCAAUGGAUUCAUUUAAUGUCUAAUGGUGUGUUAACGUUUGUGAGCGAACUAGGAAAAUACGACAUUGAAGUAACGACUUUUCAAAUGGCCGUUCUCUUUGCUUGGAAUGAACGUCGAAACGACAAAUUAUCCUUUCAUGAUUUACGGUUGGCGACUGAAUUACCAGAGUCUGAACUUCGUCGUACGUUAUGGUCUCUAAUCGCAUUUCCCAAGUUAAAACGUCAAAUAUUGUUAUGUGAGCCCGCAGUACAGUCUUCGAAAGAACUUCACGAAAACUCCUCGUUUUGUGUUAAUCACAAUUUUGCUAUAAUUAAGAGCGGUAAAGUACAGAAGCGAGGCAAGGUUAACUUUAUUGGUCGACUCCAACUUUCUACGGAAAAGCAUCGUGAAGAAGAUAAUGAAGCUAUUGUCGCUCUUAGAAUACUAAGAAUUCAGGAGGGUAUUGUACGUAUAAUGAAGAUGAGAAAGACGAUAUCGAAUGCCCAACUUCAUACAGAACUUGUUGAAAUUUUAAAGAACAUGUUUAUUCCACAGAAAAAAAUGAUAAAAGAACAAAUUGAAUUACUUAUUGACCAUAAGUAUAUGAAACGGGACGAGAAUAACAUUAACAAAUUCAUUUACUUAGCUUAAAAUCUCGAACUUUUGUAAUACUGUUAUCUAUGUCCAUCGUAGGAUCACGAUGGAUAUUGGUAGCAUCAACUAUAAAUACAUACAAAAUUGCAA